AUAAUCCUCACGUGAUCAGAAGCUGACAUGAACCCAAGUCCUUAUAUUCCCGGGCUUCUUUCUCCUCUGGGUACCAGCUCCUUACUGCCCUACAGACUUGCAUGCUUGUGGCCAAGGAAAGAAAGAGGUCCAAAAGCCUGUGUUCACAGACACCUCCAGGCAAGAAAAAGAGCAGCAAACUACCCCACAACUGCACAGCUGGAAACAACAUCAUGCAAAAACCCUGCAAAGAAAAUGAAGGAAAGCCCAAGUGCAGCAUGCCAAAGAGGGAGGAAGAACGUCCCUAUGGAGAAUUUGAACGCCAGCAAACCGAAGGGAAUUUUAGACAGAGGCUGCUUCAGUCUCUCGAAGAAUUUAAAGAGGACAUAGACUAUAGGCAUUUUAAGGACGAAGAAAUGACAAGAGAGGGAGAUGAGAUGGAAAGGUGCUUAGAAGAGAUAAGGGGUCUGAGAAAAAAAUUUAGGGCUCUGCAUUCUAACCAUAGGCAUUCUCGGGACCGUCCAUAUCCUAUUUAAGGCACUUCCGCCUGAAAGCAUUUACUUUCUGUUAUUAAUAUUGCCAAUGAUUUCUUUUAUCUGUAUUUUCUUGCUUAAUAUUUGCUUUUAUUUUACUUCAAUCCCUCAGUGUUGAUUAGAUUUACAUAUGAUUCUUGUCAACAUCUCAUCUUUUGACCCCAUCACACUCUUUAAUAAGGGGGCUCACUCAUUUACAUGGGAAGAUGCUCAUUAUAUAUUGUAAACACACUACAGAGCAAUAUAUAUAUGUAUAUAUAUAUCUUAUAUGUACAUUUAUAUAUGACAAAAUGCAAAGCAAAAUGUCUGAAUUAUUGUAUACCAAAGGUAAACAGUGGAUCUGUGUAAUUUGUAUUUUCUUUUCUUUUUUUUACCUAUCUCCAUCUUCUCGUUUUCCAAGAAAAUGAAUAUGUUGAGUGUGUGUGUGUGUGUGUGUGUGUGUUACUUGUGAUACACCUAAAAAGAAAACUAAAAUAGACAAAAUAAAAGACCUUUUGGAGGGCAGAGAAACACUAAAUAAAUCCCAUAAUAGAAGUAUAUAAUAAAUGUAAAUUUCAAAUUGCCUUUGGAUUUCUUUGCCAGAGAAAUAAAACUGGCAAUCAUUACAGA